AGUUUUGUCUUUGCCAUUGAGGAGAUUAAUAAGAGUGCUCGGUUGUUGCCCAAUUUAACACUGGGCUUCUCCAUUCGAAACUCUGGUGACUCAGUUCAUGGAGCCCUGUAUGAUUCGGUGGGAUUUCUCACAGGGCAGGAGGAGCCCAUCCCCAACUACACAUGCCAGCAUGGCUCUCCACAGGCUGCCUUGGUCGGGGACACACGGUCAUCCCUGUCUGUAUCCAUGGCCAGACUUCUGGGGCUAAAAAAUUAUCAUUCCCCUCCAUUGAAAAGAAUAAUCAGCUAUUCAUCUUCCCUACCUAGCCUGAGUGACAAGAUCCAGUUUCCAUCCUUCCUUUGGACACUGCCUAGUGAUCUCUCAUCCUGUCAUGCAGUUACUCAGCUGAUAAUUCACUUUCAGUGGUCCUGGGUGAUCAUUCUGGCCCAAGAUGAUGACUUUGGAGAGCAGGCCAGUUCUCUGGCCACUCAGCAGCUGAGUGCAGCUGGUGUGUGCAUUGAGUUUCACCUUCAUGUCCCUUCCCAACAGACCUUGGGGAAGAUUGGAGAGACUGUCCAGAAGAUGCAGAAAUGUACAGCCAGAGUUGUCCUGGUUUUCUUAAGCAAUUCAAAUUUCCGGCUCAUCUUGUAUGGUUUACUUGCUGUCUCUGUCUCAGGACAAGUCUGGGUUAGCAAUGACACUCUGCACAUGGCACUUGCUCUGACCAUUCCAGGCACUUCCCAGGUCUUGCAAGGCACAUUUGGCCUUCUGUAUCACAGCAGCAGGGCAAUUGGCUUCCCUGAGUUCUUUGCUCACUUGCGCCCCAACCAGACCCCAGAAGACAUGUUUAUAAAGACGUUCUGGGAGUUUACAUUUGAUUGUACAUGGCCCUACCAGAACAGCACAGUGACAGAGGGUGUCCAGGUCUGCUCAGGGAAUGAGAGUCUGAAGAACAAGCCAUAUCCUUUCCUAGAAGUGAGUAAAAUUGAUGCUGCUUACAGAGCUGUCUACAGCAUUGCCCAUGCCCUGCAUGAUAUGAUAUACAGGCAUGUUGAAAGUCAGAAUCUCAAUGAUACAUCAAAUGUAAUUAUAUAUAUAUAUACACACAUAUAUAUAUACGUAUAUGUGUAUAUGUAUAUAUAUGUAUAUGAGUGCAUGUGCAUGUGUGGCAGGCUUAUGUAUCUCAGCAUGCAGGCAUAUGAUGUAGCUAUGAGUUUUCCUCUUAGCACAGCUUUCGUUGUGUCCCAUAAGUUUGGGUAUGUUGUACCUUCAUUUUCAUUAAAUUCUAAAAUGUCUUUAAUUUCUUUCUUUAUUUCUUCCUUGACCAGGUUAUCCUUGCUUCUUCUGACCAUUUGCUUGGAAAGUUGUUUUCCAGACUUUCAGUCUGAGGUAGUGUCUGUCUUUGCCUCUGAGGUGUGUUUCCUACAUAGUGUUUUUGUGUCUCUCAUAGACAUGAAGAGAUGUCUUCUGUGUCCCAAGGAGCAGUACCUGAGACAUACCAGAGACCAUUGCCUCCCCAGGACAGAGAUCUUCCUGGCCUUUGAGGAACCAUUGGGAUUCAUAUUGGCUUUGAUGGCAAUCUUGCUGGCUGGUCUGGCUCUCCUGGUACUUGGAGUUUUCCUGAAGCAUCGAGACACACCUGUGGUCAGGGCCAACAACAGAACUCUCAGCUGCUUCCUCCUGAUCUCUCUUUCCCUCUGUUCCCUCUGUUCUUUGCUUUUCCUUGGGAGACCCACUGUCACCACCUGUCUCCUCCGUCAGACCACCUUUGCUGUGGUGUUCACAGUGGCUGUCUCCUCUGUUCUGGCCAAGACUGUCACAGUAGUCCUGGCCUUCAGAGUCACCAAGCCAGGAAGCAGGAUCCAGGUAUGCCUGAGCCCUGGUGCUUCAACCUCAGUGGUCCUCAUUGCUUCCUUAAUACAGGCUGUUCUUUGUGGAGUGUGGUUGGCUACCUCCCCACCAUUCCCAGAGAGGGAUAUGAUCUCAGAGCCCCAGCACAUUGUGAUCCAGUGCCAGGAGGGUUCUGGUGCCACCUUCUUCUGUGUGCUGGGCUUCUUAGGUUUCCUGGCAGGGGGUACCUUCUCUGUGGCUUUCCUGGCCAGGGACCUACCAGAUGUCUUCAAUGAGACCAAGUUCCUCACCUUCAGCAUGCUGCUCUUCUGCAGUGUCUGGACAGCUUUCCUGCCCCUGUACCACAGUGCUCGGGGAAAGUCCACUGUGGCGGUAGAGAUCUUCUCCAUCCUGGCCUCCACUGCUGGCCUUUUGGGUGGCAUCUUCAUCCCCAAAUGCUACAUCAUCUUGUUGAAACCAGAAAAGAAUACCCCUGCCUGGCUAAGGCAAGGCCACUGUGCACAUCAAGACAGGCAGUUUUCGAUGCUCCAUAGAAGGUGA